AGUCAGAGCGACGCCCCGCCCCCGGGCUCAGACUGCGGACGGAUCCGGACCAGAACCCAGUGCUCCGGAUCGUUACCGAAUAUUACCGAUCAUUACCGAUCAUUGAUCCUCAGAAAUCGAUCCGCGCGGGGAGAUGUCCCGGCUGCUGGAGAGCAGGAGGCAGGACAGGAUGAAGGAGAUCAACCUGAAGAACAAGGAGAAGGUGCGUCUGAAGGAGAGAGAGAAGGAGGCACGAGAGAGGGAGGCUCGCCUCAGUAACGGUCACCUGUUCACCUCCCUUACCGUCUCCUCCACAACUCUGUGCUCCUCUUGCAGCCGCAGCAUCACCGCCAAGGAGGCGCUCAGCUGUCCAGCCUGUAAUGUCACCAUCCAUAACCGCUGCAGAGACAGCCUGGCCAGCUGUGCUAAGAUGAAGCAGAGGCAACAGAAGCUGUCGAUGGUCAGAAACAGUUCAGCUCUGCAAAACGUCGCCAUGCGCAACAAAACUCCGAUGAUGAAGGAACGUCCCAGUUCUGCAAUCUAUCCGUCUGAUAGCCUCCGUCAGUCUCUGCUCGGAUCCCGACGCGUUCGCUCCGGCCUCUCGCUCGCCAAGAGCGUCUCCACCAAUAACAUCGCAGGGAUGAGUGAGGACUCGGUGGGUCUCAGGAGGAUUUUGUCCCAGUCCACAGAGUCUCUGAACUUCAGGAGCCGGACUCUGUCCAUGGAGUCCCUGACUGACGAAGGGGAGUGGUGGUGGAGCCCCCUGCUGGAGGAGCUGCAGGAGGAGGGCAGCUGUGUUCAGGCCGACAGCUGGAGCCUCGUGGUGGAACCCAAGUUCCUGCAGACGCUCCACAAAGACCUCAUCAAGAAGCAGGACGUCAUCUACGAGCUGAUCCAGACGGAGUUCCACCACGUCCGGACUCUGCGGAUCAUGGAGGGUGUGUACCGGCGGGGGAUGCUGGAGGAGGUGAUGCUUGAGGCGGCCGUGGUGCACACCAUCUUCCCCUGCCUGGACCAGCUGCUGGAGUGGCACACCAACUUCCUGUCAGAGCUGCUGACUCGCAGGAAGGAGGGUCUGAUGGAGGGCAGCGCAAACUUCACCGUACGCUGCAUCGGAGACCUGCUGCUCACACAGUUCUCAGGGCAGUGUGCAGACGACAUGAAGAAACUGUACUCUGAGUUCUGCAGUCGACACCCGAAAGCUGUGAAGCUCUACAAAGAGGUUUUAGCUCGAGACCGGCGACUGCAGCAGUUCAUCAGGCGUGCCUGUCGUGGUCCUCUUCUGCGUCGCCAUGGCGUCCAGGAGUGCAUCCUGCUGGUGACCCAGCGAAUCACGAAGUACCCUGUCCUCAUCCAGCGGAUCCUCGACAACACCAAGGGUAGCGAGGAGGAGGCGCAGGCGUUGAGCCGGGCUCUGCUCCUCCUGAAGGGGCUCAUCAGCUCGGUUGACCAGGAGGUUCUGGAGCUUGACCGGACCCGGAGGCUGCAGGAAGUCCAGGCUCGUCUGGAUCCGCGGGCCCAGGCGGAGGUCCAGGGGGGGGGAGUCUUCAGAGGGGGGGAGUUGCUGAGGAGGAGGCUCCUUUACGAGGGACCACUCCUCUGGAAGGUGCAGGGCUCCAGAAUGAAAGACGUGCAGGUCCUGCUGAUGUCGGACAUCUUGGUUUUCCUUCAGGAGAAAGAUCAGAAGUUCACAUUCCCGUCACUGGACAAGUCUCCGGUGGUCUCUCUGAAUAAUUUGAUUGUCAGAGACAUAGCCAAUCAGGAGCGAGGGAUGUACCUGAUCAGCGCCUCCUGCCCCCCCGAAAUGUACGAGCUGCAUGCCUCCUCCAAGGAGGGCCGAAAGACCUGGAUGAGCCGGAUCCAUCAGGCGGCUGGCAGCUGUCCGUCCAGAGACGAGUUUCCUCUCAUCGAGACUGAAGACAAAGCUUUACUGCGCAGACUCAGAGCGGACAUCCAGCAGAAGGAUCGGGAGGUGCUGGAGCUCCUGCAGGAGCGAGUCACUCUGUUCUCUGACCUGGUGGAGGCCACAGGAAGAGGAGGAGUCGAAGAAGAAGAGGAGGUGGUGGAGAUCAGCUCGUCCUCCUCGUCUUGCAGGAACCUGUUCAGAGCUGACUCCUCUGUGGCUCCACAGGCCGAGCAGCUCCUCCUCGCCUCCAUUACUGAAGUGGACAGGCUCAGUGAGCUGCUUCUGGAUUCGAGUCUCCAGAAGAAUCUGACCAAUGGCGGCCCGGAGCUCAGAAAUGGUGACUCUGGAUCUCUGAACGGUUCUUUUGAGUUGAACUUCUCUUCGAAGGACCGAAACGGUAACCAGCUGCAGGACCGAUCCCUCAACCAGGAAGUCCGCCAGCGCCUGGUCAGCCUGAGCACGCAACUCCAUGCCCUGCAGGCUGCUGUGAUUCGUCAGGACUCAAUCCUUGAGCUGUCACUCAACCCAGUCCCCGCCCCCUCCGUACCUUUAGGCCCCACCCUCACCCGAUCCCUAUCUAGGGAUGUGGGGGAGGGAGGUGAGGUGGGACUUCUGCGGCGGCAGGUGGAGCUGCUACAGGAGGAAGUGACACGUCUUCGUUUGAAGGGGGAGGAGCCAAUCAGGGAGGGGGCAGGCUCCAGGAGGUGGAGCAACGGAGACAUCAGUGAUGUCAUGAAGGGAGAACAGCAGGUGAGCAGGAGGCGAGGAAGCAGGGACUUGGAGCCCCGCCCCCUCGCACCAUUGGCCACCCAGGACCCAGUCGACCAAUUAGACGGCGUCCAGGAUGCAAACGAGGAGAAAAUCUCCCCUCGCUCCGACAGUCCCAGAGACCUGCAGGAUAUCCCUGAGGAGAGCGAGUGUGGGGCUGAGCCCAGUUAACAUCCAGAGACUUUUAUUCUGAAAGGUUUCUGCUGUCAGAAACAGGAAGUUUCACAGCUGGAGCCCCGCCCACGUGUGCUGGAGGGGCCGGGGUUUACGUUGUGAGACACCACACUACAAUACCCAAAAUGCCUUUGGAUGCCAGCAUCUCCAGUGUUGACAUGAUAAAGUGCUGUAAACAAAGCCUGUAAAUGUAUUUAUAUUAGAGUAGUUUAACAUUUCUGUCAUUCUGAGACCAAAAACAUUUUUUACCUGUAGAAAUGUUUACAACGGUUUACAGAAACAAACAUAAAGUGAGGGGUGAGUCCGCUGAGCAGCUCAUGCUAAGCUGCAGAGCAGCAGCAGCGUUAGCAGCUAUUACUGUUUCAUAAAGUCAAGAGAGCCGAUCCUUCCGUCCCCAAGGCUGCUCAGUGGAGAACGACUCCACCCUCAAUCAAGAUGACCUGAUCAUGUGGGUCCAUAGGCCCCGCCACCAGUCCCUAAACCCGCCUCUCCUUUGAGAACAUAUCUGAAUAACUCAAUAAGUGAAUGACUCCAUGACUCAAUAACUCAAUGACUGAACGACUGAAUAACUUAAUGACCCAAUGACUCAAUGACUGAUUGACUCAAUGACUGAAUAACUCAAUGACUCUCUGAUUCAAUGACUCAAUGACUCUGUGACUCAAUGACUCUGUGACUCAAUGACUCUGUGACUCAAUGACUCUGUGACUCAAUGACUCUGUGACUCAAUGACUCAAUGACUCUGACUAAAUGACUCUCUGACUCAAUGACUCUCUGACUCAAUGACUCAAUGACUCUGUGACUCAAUGACUCUGUGACUCAAUGACUCUGUGACUCAAUGACUCUGUGACUCAAUGACUCUGUGACUCAAUGACUCUCUGACUCAAUGACUCAAUGACUCUGACUAAAUGACUCUGACUCAAUGACUCUCUGACUCAAUGACUGACUCAAUGACUCCCUGACUCAAUGACUCUGUGACUCAAUGACUCUGUGACUCAAUGACUCUGACUCAAUGACUCUCUGACUCAAUGACUCAAUGACUCUGACUCAAUGACUCGCUGACUCAAUGACUCCCUGACUCAAUGACUCUCUGACUCAAUGACUCAAUGACUUUCUGAUUCAAUGACUCUGAUUCAAUGACUCUGACUCAAUGACUCUGACUCAAUGACUCUCUGAUUCAAUGACUCGCUGACUCAAUGACUCUGACUCAAUUACUCUCUGAUUCAAUGACUCUCUGACUCUCUAAUUAAAUGACUCUGAUUCAAUGACUCAAUGACUCUGACUCAAUGACUCGCUGACUCAGUGACUCCCUGACUCUCUGAGUCAAUGACUCUCUGAUUAAUUGACUCUCUGACUCAAUGACUCUCUGAUUCAAUGACUCUCUGACUCAAUGACUCUGACUCAAUGACUCUGAUUCAAUGACUCUCUGAUUCAAUGACUCUGAUUCAAUGACUCUCUGAUUCAAUGACUCGCUGACUCAAUGAAUUUCUGAUUCAAUGAUUCGCUGACUCAAUGACUCGCUGACUCAAUGAAUCUCUAAUUCAAUGACUCGCUGACUCAAUGACUCGCUGACUCUGAUUCAAUGACUCUGAUUCAAUGACUGAUUCAAUGACUCUGACUCAAUUGCUCUCUGAUUCAAUGACUCUCUGAUUAAGUGACUCUGAUUGAAUGACUCACUGACUCAAUGACUGAUUGAAUGACUCUCUGACUCAAUGACUUGGUUCUUGCCUCAUCGCCGACAUGGAUCAGUAAUGUAAAGCCAUUGGUGGAAUAUUAAUACCUUUAAUGUAAAUAAAUGAGCCGCUUCUCUGUGGAUCCACCCCUAGUUUAAAGGGUCUCUGGUGGGGGAUGUCUUAGCAUGUUAUCGUGUAGACCUGAUCUAAUUUCUCUGACUGGCCUCAGGGGGUUUUUACUAAUCAGGUUGGACCAGGUUUUAGAUGAAACAUGGAUGCUGUUUAUUCCCAUGAAGUAUUUAAUGUCCAUGUCACAGAUCAUGGAAAUGUACAGAAUUAAAUAUGAUAAAUGAAGGUUAAACCUAGUGAUCUCUGAAUACUCGGUUUAUAUGUUAUGUUUGUGUCCAAAGUCAUUUUAUUUGAGUGUUUUAAGUCUUUUAUAAAGCUGUUUACAGAGCUGGAGUGUGUACUGUACAAACUGUAAAGGAUGUUCGUUGUGAUUUAUUCUCCGUUAUAAAUCAGCUGGAUCAAA